UGUGGUGUGGAGACGCAGUGGAGUGGAGACCCAGUGGUGUGGUUUGGAGACCGUGUGGUGUGGUGUGGUGAGGAGACCCAGUGGUGUGGUGAGGAGACCCAGUGGUGUGGUGACCCUGUGGUGUGGAGAUCAUGCCCAGUAAGAGUGUGAUAAACACACAAGUGAAGAGUAAAACAGAUCAAGCUUCUAAAUCCAGCUCAGGACGGUCCAGGAAGAGGAAAGCAGAUGUUGCUAUUCAUUUACAAGAUCCAGAUGAGGAAGUGUCAGAGGUGCAGAUGAGGAAGAAGCAGUGUCAGGAGAUGGCAGGCUGCUCACCACAUCAGGAGGAUAAACAGGUUGGAGUUGUCAGUAUGGGUUUCACACAGUACAGCAGCAGGACUGUGUUUGUUACCCCGACCCGCCCCUCGCCCCUACCUGCCCUGUGUUGGGCGAGUAAAGACGACGUGUGGAACAACCUGCUGAAGAAGGACCAACUUUACCUCCACAACAUGCACGUGAUGGAGAGACACCCCAACCUGCAGCCCAAGAUGAGGGCCAUUCUGCUGGACUGGUUAAUUGAGGUGUGUGAGGUGUAUAAACUCCACAGGGAGACGUUUUAUUUAGCUCAGGAUUAUUUUGAUCGUUUCAUGGCCACCCAGAAGAACGUUCAGAAGUCCACACUGCAGCUCAUCGGCAUUUCUGCUCUCUUCAUCGCUGCUAAGAUGGAGGAGAUUUAUCCUCCUAAAGUGCACCAGUUUGCGUAUGUGACUGAUGGAGCGUGUACAGGGGAGGAGAUCCUCAGCAUGGAGGUCAUAAUCAUGAAGGAACUGAACUGGAGUCUGAGUCCCUUAACUCCAGUGUCGUGGUUGAACAUCUACAUGCAGAUGGCGUAUCUAAAGGAGUUCACUGAAGUUCUCCUGCCACAGUUUCCUCAGGACACCUUCAUACAGAUUGCUGAGCUGCUUGAUUUGUGUGUUUUGGACGUCAGGAGUUUAGAGUUCUCCUCCAGCCUGCUGGCAGCUUCAGCUUUGUUCCACUUCUCAUCUCUGGAGCUCAUCAUGAAGGUCUCCGGUCUGAAGUGGUGUGAUGUGGCGCGCUGUGUGAGCUGGAUGGUACCAUUUGCAGUGGCGAUACGUGAAGUAGGAAGCUCCUCCUUAAAAACAUUUAAAGGCAUUCCAGUAGAGAACACACACAACAUUCAGAGCCACGCCCCUUACCUGGACUGGCUGGGACAAGUUCACUCCCAUCAGCUGGAGGAUUUAGAACACAGCCAGAACCCGCCCGUCCCAUCCGGAGUCCUGACUCCGCCCCCCAGCAGUGAGAAACCUGAGGACUCUUCAUCCUGAUGCUGCUCUGCUCCAGCUGUGUGGAUUGAGAUGUGACUCACAGCCGUACUGUCCUCAGAUCAGUGUUUACUGAUCCUCACAGACUCCUAACAUCUUUAUCUUAAAACAUUAAUUAUUGAUCGAGUCACAGCCUGCCUUCUGACUCCUCAGAGCUUCAGUGCCUAAAUGCUGCUAUACACACACACACACACACACACACACACACACACACACAGGGAGGAUUAGACUUUAUAUUUUGUGUGCUCUUUGGUUUUUGAGGAAGCUCCAGGUUAAAUUCUGUAAAACUGGGUUUUUAUUUUUAAUCCUCUGAUUUUUACCAAAAUGAUUUUAAUGUCCUGCUGCUACUUUUGUGUAUUUUAUAAAAUUAAAUAAAGCUCUAAAUGCA